CAGACAAGAGAGCACCGUUCAGAGGAGUAGAGAGCGAGCGGCGUCCCGGAGAGUCACUAUAAAAGCUCACUGGCACUGGCUUUACGACGUCACACGCUGGUGGUCCAUUCUUCAGUAAGGAAGCCCCCUUUCCUUAAGAGCUCCACCGACAACUAUCAUAACUAUUUUUAACUGACAAGUGAGGAUUUUAUCUCAUAAUUAUAUAUUUAUAUCAUUUUUUUUUAUUUAUUUUUUUAAAAAACGCGUAUGUAAAAUUUAACUCAGUUUAAAAUAUCAGUAUUAAAUUUUAAAAAUUAAACGGAAAUAUAUUUGUAUAUCGAAGCGGUAAGAUAUUAUCGUGAAAAUUGGAUUUUAGUAUAAUCUGGAAGAUAGCUGUUUGGUUAAUCUACUGGGACCGCAACGAGACAAAUUUAAAACGUGCCAAGGAAGUUCCCAUUUUCUUCAGUGAUUAUUUAUCCCCUCUGGGUCAACAGCUGGCUUUUUCUCGGUGUGCUACUAUUUUAAAGCUAAUCACUAAGACAGUCUCAUAAUAAAAAGGAGAAGAAUUAAUUUAUCCCAACGAAAUGUUUGUUAUAAGUGUAUUCGCAGUAACAACACUGAUAACUCUGUCAAAAUCUACACCCUUAUCAUAUGUAACACAUCAAAGAAGAGAUGUUGCUACUGAUGGAGAUGAUGGAGUAUAUAUACCUUAUUUGAUUGAUGAAAGAGGAUUGCCAGUCAACGAGUUUUACUGGCCACAGGAUGAAAUUUUGAAAUUGAAUGAUUCAGUAUCCGGUAUCGAUCGGGCUAAAAGAAUACAGUCUCUCUCGGUAACAAAUUCGUUGGAUGUAUUGAGACAACGUGUUCUAUUGGAACUGGCGCGUCGAAAAGCUUUGCAGGAUCAACAGCAAAUAGACGCUAAUCGUCGUUACUUGGAUAAUAUUGGUAAACGUUCUAAUCAAUAUCUCAAAAUGGAUUAUUUACCCCAAAUGUUGGAAACAAAAAAUAUUGCCCGGAUUUUCGAUCAUCAAUUUGCUGACCAGCCGGAGCAAAACUAUUACACAGCUAAAAAUCCCCUGGAAUCUGCUCUCGAUUGGUACAACAACAACAAUAAUAAUGCAAAUGAUGUUACAAAUCAGUACAACGUAAAUGAUCAAUUACGGAAGAUAAAGAAGAUUAAUAAAAUUCGUUUAUUGUAACGCGAGUGAAACAAUUGGUCGCCGAGUACAAUUUUAUCCCUCCGCUUGUAAUUAUAAUUGUCCAUAUUAAAUUUUAAAAAAGUAUUUAUUUAGUUAAAGGAUAAAUG